AUGAAGUCCUUUGGUUUAUUUGUAUUUUUGGCUUGCAUCGCAGGUUUAUAUGCUAUUCAACUCAAAUGUGCCCACCAAGAACUGGACAUUCCUAAUGAAUGGAUCGAUAUGAACAAAGAUUGUGUGAACAAAAUGAGAGGCCAAAUUGAAGAGGAACUUAAAGCUUCAAUGCAAUACAUGGCCAUGGGUGCUCAUUUCUCGAAAGACACCAUAAACAGACCCGGUUUUGCUGAGUUGUUCUUCAAUGCUGCUAGUGAAGAAAGAGAUCAUUCCAUCAAAUUGAUUCAUUAUUUGCUCAUGAGAGGAGAACUUACAUCCGGCAUCAGCGAGCUCAUUAAAAGAAAUCUUGUGCCUUCCGUUACCACUUGGGAGAAUGGCGUAAGCGCCUUAAAGCAAGCUCUUCAAUUGGAAGCUUCAGUUACUAAGAAGAUCAGAGAUGUUACCAAAGUUUGUGAAGAAGCUGAAUCCUUCAACGAUUAUCAUCUUGUUGACUACCUGGCCAGCGACUUCUUAGGAGAACAAUACCAUGGACAAAGAGACCUCGCCGGAAAAGUAUCCGAUUUACAAAAAAUGAUGGCAGAACACGGAGCUCUUGGAGAAUGGCUUUUCGACAAGAAACUUCAAAAUAAAGCCAUCGUAUAA